GCGCGCGGCGCUCGCAGAGCCGACUCCGGGGGGCUCUCGAUGUAGCACCAUGACAGGCAUCGCCGCCGCCUCCUUCUUCUCCAACACCUGCCGCUUCGGGGGCUGCGGACUCCACUUCCCCACGCUGGCCGACCUCAUCGAGCACAUCGAGGACAACCACAUCGAUACAGAUCCACGUGUCUUAGAGAAGCAAGAACUGCAGCAGCCGACCUAUGUGGCCCUCAGUUACAUCAAUAGAUUCAUGACAGAUGCUGCACGCCGGGAACAGGAAUCCUUGAAGAAGAAGAUCCAGCCGAAGCUUUCGCUAACCCUGUCCAGCUCGGUGUCUCGAGGGAAUGUGUCCACUCCACCUCGCCACAGCAGCGGAAGCCUUACUCCCCCUGUGACCCCGCCCAUCACUCCCUCCUCUUCAUUCCGCAGCAGCACCCCAACAGGCAGCGAGUAUGACGAGGAAGAGGUGGACUAUGAGGAGUCAGACAGCGAUGAGUCCUGGACCACAGAGAGCGCCAUCAGCUCUGAAGCAAUCCUCAGCUCCAUGUGCAUGAAUGGAGGGGAAGAGAAGCCUUUCGCCUGCCCAGUUCCUGGGUGUAAAAAGAGAUACAAGAAUGUGAAUGGCAUAAAGUACCAUGCUAAGAAUGGUCACCGAACACAGAUUCGCGUCCGCAAACCAUUCAAAUGCCGGUGCGGGAAGAGUUACAAGACAGCUCAGGGCCUGCGGCACCACACAAUCAAUUUCCAUCCCCCAGUGUCUGCCGAGAUGAUCAGGAAGAUGCAGCAGUAACGUGCUGGUCAGAACUGUGCCAAGAAAUCCUCACCAGCAGUUGCUGAUUUUGAAAACAGCCACCUUUUUUCAGGGGAAGCACUCAGCAACCCUUUAAUGAAAAAUAAUUAAAUGCAUGCUUUAAACUUUUCUGUAAUUUUGGAAUGAUGUAUCUUUGUAGUUAAUGAUUUUGUACAUUUGCACAUGUAAUCAUCACGCCCAUUUUCAUUACUUUGAUAUAAGGUGCUAAACAAAACAAGCUCUAGGUUCUUCAGCACAUUUUCCCCAAAACAAAAUAAAACUUAAGGGCAUGUUGCAUAGUGUUUAACCAUACUGCAGUGAUGUCAACUGGGAGAGGAGGGGCUGGCACUGAGCUGCUUUAAGAUUGUAAUGUGAUUGAAGCUUUCAACACAUCGGCUCACAUAAAACCAAAAGAAUACCUUCGUUAUCACACUGGUUACCAUGCCUUACAUAAUGGAGUAUUUGUGAGUAGAAAGACUUUAGGUAAUGGAAAUAUAAAUAAGAAUGUUUAACAUAAUAUGCUAAAAAUAUUUUCAUAUUUAAAUAACAUGCAUAAAAGGUGUGCUUUUUUUUUUUUUUUUUAGUUAUUAUCUUGCCCUUUAAAAAGCUGAAACUCUUGCCGUUGAACUUACCAAUUAUUUUAGUGUUCUAAAUGGCAUCUUUGUGCAAAAGAGUCAGUUCACUCAUUAAUGCUAACUUACUCAUUGAGUGCCUGCUGGGUGCAAGAGACUGAAGUUCUACCUGAUGUUACUUGUGGACCAAGAUACCAGUGUGGAAACACUUUCCCCUGAAACGUUAGGAAACACUUUGAAAUACUUAAGUGCAAAUUGUGUGUGUGUGAAACUUAGUUAUAGCUUCAUCAACAGAUGAGGUUUUAAAGCACUUUGUAUUCUCUAUUGCCAACAAUUUUGUUUAUAUGUUGCCAAUUCUUGCAACUAUUGCCCUAAGAGAGCUGUGGGUUGCAAUCCGAAAAUUCAGAAGGUCCGUUUGAGAGGAAGGUUGCUAAGAUCCCUACUGCCCCUUUCAUGCUCAGUUGCGACUUCUGUUAAAGGCACUUUCCCAUCACACUGUAGAUGUCUGCAUUCUCAUUAGAAAUGUCUGUUUAGCUUUAGAAAACAUUUUGCCAGAAUAUGAAAAUAAGCCUUACUGACAUUAAGUGCUUCUUGCAGCAGGUGGUCAAGGAAGAGUGACUAAUAUACCCACUAAGAGUGACCGACAUCUGGAUCGUCCUGGAGCUUCUCUCGCCGACAGUACCAUCAUGUGUUGAGUGUUCUUUUCUCCCAAGUGCUAUUCUUUAAACAAGAGUUUACCGGUUGCCUAAUACGCAAUAAACGUUGCUUUGACACAGCUAACUGCACACAGUACAAACUGGUGAAAGGCAGACUCAGAUUCCCUCUAAAAUAACCUUCUCCCCAUGUUCCCAUCUGAUGCAGUCUUACACAUAGCUAGAUAGUAGUCCCUCCUCACUAUUCACACUGUGAAGAGAAUUCUGUUAAACAGAUGGAUAAGCUUCUGCAUUAAUCCCUCAUGAUGAAGGAUUUUAAAAUAUUUAUAAAGACGCUGCCCACUAAAAAUGUCCUCAGCCUAUGAGUGGUCUCAGUCUUAACUCUACAGUGUUAGCUCUCAUGGUGUUAAACGGAUGAUCCAGAAUCGAGAAUCGAAAGUUGGUGCAAAAGAAGGCCCUACUUGCUCCAUAUUUACCUACAGUUGACCAAAAAGUUACAGGCCAGCAAUUAAUAGUUAGCUUUGCUCUUUCUAGUGUGAUAAACUGCAGGCUGGAUCAGUAGUUCAGCAGCUACACAGUCAUAAAAACAGUCAUUGUGCAUGUGAAAAUCCUUCAGUGAUAAAACCCAGUUUCUACUUCUUCAUUGUGACAGUAUUACGAAGCAGGUGAGGAAGGGGAUCUUUUGUUACACCGUGUAUAGUGAAUGUAUUGUACCGUGUCUGUGAAAACCGUGCUUUAAAUUAUAUUUUCAUAUGUUUUGUUGGGGACAGAGCACAUUAAGUUUGAAAGCAACAAAACUAUCAGAACUGAAGGCAAUUUACUCUUUCUGUCAAGAAAAGCUGCUUACUAAAUGUAUGUGAAAUCACAUUUAAAAUAAACUGCCUCUGACCCAAA